AUGACUCAGUCCCGCUGGUGGGAGCAGGAGAUUCCCAUCGAGGGAAACGUCCAGAAGGGAGAGCUGCUGACCUACAACCUGACUGAACUCAUCAAACCUGAGUCCUACCUGGUGCGCCUCACCCCCAUCACCCGCUACGGAGAGGGCGACGCCACUGAGCGCAUCAUCACCUACAGCGCUCCUGUUAACCCACAUCUCAGGGAGUUCCAGUGUGGCUUCGAGGACGAGGCGGUGUGUUUGUUUUCUCAGGACAAAACGGACGUGUUCGACUGGACGCGUCACAGCGCCGCCACGCGAGACAGCAAAUACACACCGAACACCGGACCCAGCACCGACCAUGCCGGCACCAAGACGGGUUUCUACAUGUACAUCGAGACGUCGAGGCCGAGGCUGGAGGGGGACGCGGCCCGGCUGCUGUCUCCCACCUUCAACAUGAACUCCAAGACCUCCUCCUCCUCCCCAGUCACCACCAACCCCACCUACUGCUUCUCCUUCUACUACCACAUGUACGGGAAACACAUCGGAGCUCUGAACGUCUUUCUGCGUCAGAAGACUCAGACGGUGACGGACACAUCCGUCUGGAGUCUGAUCGGUAACCAAGGAGACCGCUGGCGACGAGCCAAGGUCAACAUCCACCCAACCGCACCUUUCCAGAUGGUGAUGGAAGGAGUCCGAGGCGCAGGCAUCGAGGGAGAUAUCGCCAUCGAUGAUGUAACCAUCGAGGAGGGCGAAUGUAAAGACCCACCCCCAAACAAUCUAAGGUCGCUUGCCCCUCCCUCAUCACCCCAUAUAUGGCAGCUGUGCAUCACUCUGAGUCUGGCUCUGAUUGGCCGGCAGAGGUGACCCCCCCUCUCUACAGGACGCCACAUCCUUUGACUCUU